CUUCGUAUUUUUCUUGUUUUUCUUCGCCAUGGACAAAGAAAACCAGAGUUUAAGAUCAGGAUUUCUUCUGACACGAUGUCCAAACUACAAGUGGAAGGCCAAGUGGUACAGUUUGAGUGAAGAGCAGCUGAUGUGCCACCACUCGAAGAGCAAAUCCAUUAUUGUGCUCACUGUGCCACUUAAAGGAUGUUCCAUUGCCUCUCCUUGUUUUGAUCUCGAAGAUGUCAACCCAAAUUUGUUGUUCAAGAUCAGUACACCCGAGAAUGCUGAGUUGUAUUUUCAAGCUGGAAGUCCAGAGGAUCGCGAGGGCUGGUCUCAUGCUAUUGUCGCUGUUAUUCGACUUCUCAGUACAUCUCAGCAGAUUUCACGUAAUAAAAUGCCAUUCCAAGACUUCAGAGCUAAUGCCAGUGUGAGUGAAAUCAUUGGAGCUAUCCAGGACCCAGAUGCUGGUGUUACAAUGGCCGCUCACCUGCGGGAUGGUGUUGUCUAUAACAACUGUUUUACAGGCAGUAAUAUGAUUGACUGGUUGAUGAGGUGGUCGAUUGUUCGUAACCGUGACAACGGGACGGCCAUGGCCCAGACCCUGCUGAAGCUAGGACACAUACAGGAAGUGGACCUGCAUGAUGGGAUCAGUGGAGUCAGCGCCAGGUUCAAUGACGGUGAAAGGCUGUAUAAGUUUACGUCCAUUAACCUAGGCUUGAAGCGGAACAGUUUCUAUGACAGCACUGAUGAUGAUUCAAGUUCGUCCGAGGAUGAGGAGGAAGAAGACUCAAAGAGAGAGAAAAUCAAGAAGGGAAAAGUUGUCAAGGAAGCUUUUCUGAUGAAGAAGAAGAACCUUCGGAAAGGUUGGCAUGUGGUCAAGGCUUGGUUACGGGAAAAACCGCCAUAUUUUCAGUACCAGAAAGCAUCCUAUGUGUCGGGUUGUGAGGACCAGAUAAAGACAAAGCUGAUCAGUUUGGAGGAUAGCACCGUCACCGAGCAGGUGAAACCAGCCACUGCGAGUAAAGGGCUGGGUACCAAAUCAAAGUGUGCGCGGUAUCGACUGUGUAUCCGAGAUAAAAAAGGAAAGUGUGUGACACUGCAGACUCGAGACGACCAAGAGAAGUGUGAGUGGCUGUCUCAGCUCCGACAUCUUAACUCGACUGACGGCAAACAGACAAAAACACAGACCGCUGGAACUAAAGAGAAUCUUUAGAAUAAAGAGAAAAUAAUGAACUAAUGAGAAUCUCUACAAAAGAGAAAAAACACUAACUGGCACACUGAACUACUAGAGAGAAUUUUUACAACAAAGAGAAAACACUGAUGUCGUGUACACUGAAGUAAAGAGAAUCUUUGUUGUUAACAGCUGGUUUUUUAUAAUGGUAACUUUUGGCCUCGAUUCAUGAAAUAACCGUAGUUACAGUUGAUGGUUGUGAAUGUUAUUCUUUGUACCCAAAAACUUUAUAAACUGAUUUCAUAAAGAAUUUGUAGGGUUACUGUAAAUAUCCUUUUACAACUGAACUUUGUGCUAAUUUAUAAACAGUGCCUUGGUUACUGGUAAUUUUGCACAUCUUUAAGGCCUAAAAAAAUAUGUGUGUGUUUCAGGUUUCAUCUUUGAAAAAAUGGGGUAGGUACCUGUAGAUAGGAACUUUUUUUUUUUUUUUUUUUUUUUUUUUUUAAAUCAAACUUGAGAACCCGUAAUCGGCAGAGGUGUUCUAAAUUUAGUUUGCUGAUUGCAAAAAAUCAGGGAUCAUGAUUUUAAUUGUUUUGGGUUUUUGCUUCAAAGUUUUUUAGGGUCGCUACAUAAAAUUAAGGUAGGUCGGGAAAGCGGGAAAACACACAUUUGUUUUUAGGCCUAAUGUUUGUUGGGUCACAAAUUCAUAUUAAGUUAAUCAUCAUGAAGUUAUUUCCGUAUUUGUUUGGACAUCAGAUCCAAAGUGUAUUUAAGGGUUAUUAUGUGCCUUUAAUAUGACUUUUCACAUGCAUAAGAUUUUGGCAUUUUUAAAGAUAUAAAAUUAUCAAAUUUCACCUGACAUCUAUGUGAAUGGUUUACUAGUGCCAUUAUACAAGUUUUGUAAAUUAGGAUUCAUCUGUGGCAGUUUUAAGCUGGUGCACAUUAUGAAAUUGCUGCCAAAACGUUACAUUCACAUUUGUAUCAUUUAGGACUACAGUCAGUUUGUGAAAUGAGGCUCAGGUUGCUAGAGUUAAAAAGUUUAGUGAAUUCAAGUUCAAUAAAUUAUUGUGCCUAUCUUAACACAAAUUUUUUAAAUGCUUUAAAUACUAUAAUAAUGUUAACACUGAAAAGAAUUCCAUAAUUAUUUUUUUGACAUAUUUUAGUUAAUUAUCAAAUCGAAUUGUGAAAAAUAUAAACAAUAUUAAUGGCAGCUGCACAACACUGCCUUAUUUUUCAGUUAUAAUCACUGAAGUUUAUUGUGCAUUUGUGAUGUUUCUUUUUCUGGUUGAUCUUACUGUACCUGUUAUUUGUGGUUGAUCUUACCGUACCAGUUUAUUGUACAAGUUUUCUGUGGUUGAUCUUACCGUACCAGUUUAUUGUACAAGUUUUCUGUGGUUGAUCUUACUGUACCAGUUUAUUGUACAAGUUUUCUGUGGUUGAUCAAGUUUAUUGUGGUUGAUCUUACUGUACCAGUUAUCUGUGAUUGAUCUUACUGUACCAGUUUUCUUUCUGUGGUUGAUAUUACUGUACCAGUUAUCUGUGGUUGAUCUUACUGUACAAGUUGUCUUUCUGUGGUUGAUAUUACUGUACCAGUUUUCUGUCGUUGAUCUUACUGUACAAGUUUUUUUUUGUGGUUAAUCUUACUGUACCAGUUAUCUGGUUGAUCUUACUGUACCAGUUGUCUGGUUGAUCUUACUGUACCAGUUAUCUGUGGUUGAUAUUACUGUACCAGUUUAUUGUGGUUGAUCUUACUGUACCAGUUGUCUGGUUGAUCUUACUGUACCAGUUAACUGGUUGAUCUUACUGUACCAGUUUAUUGUGGUUGAUCUUACUGUACCAGUUAUCUGUGGUUGAUCUUACUGUACAAGUUAUGUGGUUGAUAUUACUGUACCAUUUUUCUGUCAUUGAUCUUACUGUACCAGUUAUCUGUAGUUGAUCUUACUGGACAAGUUAUCUGUAGGUUGGUCUUACUGUACCAGUUAUCUGUGGUUGAUAUUACUGUACAAGGUUUUUGUGGUUGAUCUUACUGUACCAAUUACUGUGGUUGAUCUUACUGUACCAGUUAUCUGUGGUUGAUCUUACUGUACCAGUUAUCUGCAGUAAAGUAACAUUUAUUUAUAUUGAAGACCGCCGUUACCUUAAUAUAUGAGUGAAAACUAGUCUGAAACUAAACGGAGUGAGUACACAGGUGGGGUGCAAGAAGGUGAUGAAGAAGAAAAAGCAGUAACUGUUAUACCCACUGAGAGUUGUAGAACAGUUAGCUAACAGUGAAAAAGGUGGUUGGCAGCAGAAGUUGCCUAAAAUCACUGUUUGCCAUAUACCAAGAGGGUUUCUGCCUGAGGGUACGAAGGGUAAAAAAUUAUGUACGCUAAAAUACUGGAUACAUUUUUAUAAUUUUAGAAAGAUUAUAGCAAGAGAACUGCUGUUUAACAUUUGUCACAGUAAAUGAAAUGCAGUGUCCAAUUUCAAUGAUAUGUCAAACCAGUAACCACCUAGUAUUGGCAUGGUCUGUUUUAUUUGUAUUACUUACUUUUGAAUUAAUGAACACACUAUGGAUGGGAGGUGUGGGUGGGAGCAGUAAUAUACCUGUGA